AUGUCCGGUCCUUCCAUGUUGCCCACCUUGGCUGCUGGAGGGGAGGUUAUUAUCGAAGACCGCUUGUCAGUGCGACUUGACCCUGACAAAUUCCACCGAGGAGAACUGCUUAUUUUCAAGUCACCCUUGCAUCCUGCCCGGAUGGUGUGCAAGCGGGUUGCCGGACUGCCAGGGGACGUGAUUUGUGUUGACCCUACUGGGGAGAAGGCCCCUUCAACCGAGCACGUCGUCGUGCCGAAAGGUCACCUCUGGAUGGUUGGAGACAAUGCCAGCUGGUCAAGAGACUCUAGAACCUACGGACCUGUGCCAAUGGGUCUGAUCUACUCCAGACUGCGGGCCCGAGUGUGGCCAAUUAAAGAUUUCAAAAUCUUCGGAAGUAACCUGUCGUAUAUCGACUAA